AUGGCACCAGUACGCUCACUCCUGAUCGCGGCGCUGCUCUCCGCCACAGCACAAGCCCACUUCGAGCUGAUCCAGCCCACAUCGCUCGAGGGCGACAGCUUCAACGAGAACCUCGAAGCCAACGCGCCCUGCGGCGGUGGCGUUGCCGACCUCUCCAAGAACACGGCAACCGACUUCCACGUCGACGGCGACGCGGUAGGAUUGCUGUUGGGCCAUGCCCAAGCGAACUGGCUGAUCCGCGCCACGCUGGACGAGCGCGCUGGCGGCAACUGGACCCAGCUGUUCCCCAUCGUUACCCAGAGCGGCCGCGGCAAUUUCUGCGAGCCGUCCGUCACGGCUCCGAAGGAGUGGGUCGGCAAGAAGGGCAUCAUCGGCAUUGCCUGCGCCGCUCCGGACGGGCUUCUGUUCCAGUGUGCCGCCGUCAACUUUGUCGAGGGUGCCAACAAGGCCCCGUCCAAUUGCCAGAACGGGAGCUCCGUGAGCCUGAGCUUCACUAGUGAUCCCACCCUUUCCGCCCUCGUGGGCGACGCGUCGUCAUCAACCGCUCCUUCCCCGUCAUCCUCUAGCUCCGGUGCCCCGUCAGCCUCCACCUCUCCAAGC